ACCUACCUGUGCGAUGGUUUACUGCCGUCCAAAGUACUGUUUGAGUGUUAGACGGGUUCGCAUCAAAGUACCAGCAUUUCAGCUCGUCGUCGGGUUCCAACAGGGGUUUUCUUGAGCGCGACAGGGAACGAUGGAAGGACAAACCCAAACCAUUCCGGAAUUCUACAAGGGGAAGAACAUUUUUAUAACCGGAGCUACCGGCUUUGUGGGCAUCAGCCUGCUAGAGAAGAUACUGAGCGACACGCCCGAGCAUGGAAACAUCUACAUCUUGGUGAGACCGAAGAAGGGCCAGUCCAUUGAGGAUCGGCUCGCUGUGCUGAAGAAAAACUCAGUUUUUGAAACGUUGCUAUCACAGAGAGCCACUGAGUCUGUCGAUCAGAUUUUUGAAAAAGUGAUUCCUGUUGCUGGCGACGUUGGCCAGGACAAUUUGGGGCUCUCUGACUCCGAUCUCCAAACGCUAAAAGAAAAAGUUAAUGUGAUUUUCCACAGUGCUGCCACGUUGGAUUUUGGAGAUACUCUGAGGACUACUAUUGAUAUUAAUUUAUUGGGAACCCGACGCGUGACGGAAUUAGCCAAACAAUGCCGGAACCUGAAGGUUCUCAUCCAUGUGAGCAGUGCCUACGUUAACUCAUUCAUGCUCUCCACCGAGGAGGUGUUAUACCCGGUGACGAAAGACGCAGAUGAGCUGCUAAAGUUGGCGGAGAGCCUAAGUGGCGAGCAGCUGGAGGAGAAGACCCCAGAAAUCCUGGGCGAGCAUCCAAACACUUACACCUACACCAAGCAACUGGCCGAGUACGAGGUGAAGAAAUGCGAAAAGCUCUUCCCAUGCACCAUCGUGCGCCCAUCAAUGAUUGUCGGGGCGUGGAAGCGACCGGUGCCUGGUUGGACGAUCAGCAAGAACGGCCCUCAAGGGUUCAUUUUGGGCGCCUCCAAAGGAGUGAUUCGUCGAUUGCCCUUGGGAAAAGACUUGAUUUAUGACUAUAUUCCAGUGGACGUAGUGGUAAACACCCUGAUGGUGGCCGGGUAUCGGGCAGGCGUAACUCGACCGGAGGAAUUGGCCAUCUACCAUUGCACUUCAAGCACCCGAAUGCCGUUUAGAUGGGCCGAGGUGGAGAAUUUGGUGAAUAGCAGCCUGCACAAGUAUCCGCUCAUAUCGGCCGUUUGGUGGCCCCGAUUGAAGUUCGUCAACUCCAUCACCUACUAUCGGAUUUGCUCGUUUUUCGUCCACAUUCUCCCGGCUCUUAUUCUGGACAAUGUCACCAGACUGUCCGGAGGACGCCCCAUCCUAAUGAAACUGCAUAGGAACGUGAACAGCUCGCUAGGGCGGCUCGAGCGAUUCAUCUUCACAGAAUGGGAAUUUAAGAGCGCAAAAACUGAAGAACUAAGCAAUCUUUUAACGGAAGAGACCCGCUCCAAGUUCUACGUGGAUUUAAGCGACUUGUCCUGGAGCGAUUUCUUUGAAAAGCUGGUCUUUGGUGCCAGGAUCUACCUAUCGAAGGACCCGGAAAAGACACUCAAAGCCGCGAAAACCAAAGACAAAAUCCUCCUUGGAGCGCACAUCUGCUUGAAAUUGGGGGUGAUCAGCUUUAUAUGGUUUGUACUGUCCCGAAUCUUCAAUGUAACCAUGUGGCGAUCGCCCUACUUUCUACUAGCGGGGAUGGCUUUCGAAUAUCUAAUUUAGGUAACAACCGGGUUGGUACCAGCUAGCAAAAGCAUUUAUUUUUUACCAAAUAUUCUCGGGAAAUUGUUAUAUCAAACUAGCAAGAGCGUUCUUAAAUAGUGUAGAUGAUUAAAAGUCUAAAUGAGUUUAGCGUAAACAUCUCGGUUUAUGUAUAAAACUGUUAAUUUAGUGCUUGAAUUUCCACGUUAUUAAAACAUUAAACAUU